AUGCCGGCGAUCCACAUUCUCGACCUCCCUGAGGAGAUUGUCGACAACAUCCUCCAGCAAGCAAUCCUGGUUCGUGUUUGGCCGAUUCAGACCUCCAGGCAAUAUGAUUCCCCAUCCGGAAUACCACGCGUGCUGAGGUUGAGACUGGUUUGCAAGACCUUUAAUGCAAUGUUUCGGCCUGCUUUGUUUGCAACGCGCAUCUUCGACACGUAUCUUCCAAUCUCCGCCGACCAGGCCACUCAAACCCUGAGAUAUUGGCCCAUCCGCAGCAACCACGGAGCCCAACAGCUGUGGCACGCUUACCUCGUCUACCGCGUACAGAAUGAACCGGACCCCUUGGCGCAUCGAUAUUUUGAGGUUCGAACGGCAGCAGAGAGGCUCUUCAACACCAAACUUACUGGCUUGUCACUGCAGAGCAUUAUUGAUUCUCUUUGCUGGUUAGCGCUCACCAGCGUGGCCGGCAGGGUAGCCCCGAAAUCCUACCCAGAUCACUUCGUCAUCAAGGACGGUCCGGAUGUGAACUUGCUCAGCGCCGCUGCAUAUCUAAACUGCCAAGAUGUGGUCAAGAGCCUGCUCGCGGAAGGCAUUGAUCCCACGCAACACGAUGAUCUCUUCCCUGCGGCCAUUGAAGCAGCUGCCCUCGCAGGCCACGCCGACCUGCUUCAGAUCCUGCAAGAAAGCCUGCCGGAUAUCGUCCAUCCUCCAGCAGACCGUGCGGCUAACCCUCGAGGAUUCAUCGGUCACCCUACGUUGCCUACAGUCCUCUGCAAAGGGAAAGCAGAUCCUCAAGCUGUUGUCGGUGCUGCCAUGAACGGCGACACCGACCUCUUGAAAAUGGCACUGUACCCCCCUUCCCGGAGCGAUUUACAGAGCACCGACUAUUUUGAGCAGCCUCAUGGAAAGGUAGUAGAAAGAUCUCUGCCAGGGCUAACUCUAAGGGCUGCCAUGCUGCAUUCAAAAUCACUCGGUGUCUAUCGCAUCUUGUCCGACUUCUUUGCUCAGAACAAAGAACCAUUCCCGGCCUGCCACCGCUUGGAUCGUUUUUGCGAGUUUGGCAACCUGGAAAUCGUCAAGCAUUUACUUGACACCGGGGUGAGCAUCAAUUCGUGGAGAAGGCCCAGAUACCCUUCGCCGCUUCACGAAGCUUGCCGCCACGGGCACGAGGCCAUUGUUGAUCUUUUGAUCGAGCGUGGCGCCCACAUCAACCAGCGCUGCGGCAGAUUCAGAACGCCCUUGUACGCGGCGGUUUCGGGGGGUUUCAUAACCAUCGCCCAGAAGCUGAUCGAUAAGGGUGCGAAGUGUGACUUGGAUGUGCUGAAGAAAUCCUUGUCCAGUGAGUACCCUGCCAUGACGAGGUUGUUGCUUCCGCACCUCUCUACGCAGGUAGUUUAUUCGAGCUUGAAUUACCUUGUCGAUGAUAAGAGACUGGACAAGAUGCCUUUGUUGUCACUGAUUGGGGAGCACCCGGGGCUGAGUUUCAAGAAUGGAAAGGUCCGGCCGCCGGUGCCUCCGAAGGCUGAAAGCCUUUCGCAUCGCAAAUUGAGAGAAGAGGGUGCAGGACAUGGAAGUUUUGGACCGUGGAAAUUAUCUAGGGUGGAAAGUUGGCUCCUAUCCUAA